AUUGGCUUUUUUCUUCUUUUUUUUUUUCUUAAGCGAAAAAAGAAACGGUGUGAUUGGGAGGAACGAAGGGAAAGUGCCGGACAGUCACCGCCAACCAGCUCGCAAGAUUCAACGCGGGAUGCUCGCUACUCGAAACAAGGUGAACGGGUUUACGAGCGUAUUGUGUGUGUGCACUUUGCUGUCGUGAGUCGAAACUUCUUUCCGGCAGUCAUAUUAAAUCGCGCUUCUUUCUAAUCACGUCGGCUAUAUGAAAUAUCAUUUAGCUCGUCGCAUAUUUUGCUAGAUCAGCAACUGUUCAUCGACGUUAUCACAUUUCGGAUUCGUUUAAGUUCCAUUGAUAGUGAACGGAUAUGAUAUUUAUUUCGAUGCAUGUGAAUUAAAAAUCAUCCCUCGUUAAAAUAUAUCAAGAAUUUGUCGUAUGAAUAGUUGAAAAAGUCUCUGCAUCCUGUUUUUUAAAUAUAUUUGAAAAACCGCGGAUUGUGCAUAUGAGAAACUGGCACUUUUGUGAAUGAUUCAAAAUUCUACAGUGAAACGCUUUGUUCCACAGAGAAAUGCCGGCUAUAAAACUUUUCGGCAGAAAAUGGUUGACUGCAAGCGACGACUGUGUUUAUCCAGGUCUCUUUGAAGUUUUCAUUCGAAUCGCUUGGUUAGUUCCAAUUGUAAUAACUUGCAUCAAAUAUUACGAAUAUACAUGGAAUUGCCAAUCAGGUGGAGUAUUAGUUCGUGUGUAUCUUCUGGGAGAAGGUUCAUUUCUUAUUAUAUCUAUACUUCUUCUACUUAUUAUCAUAAAAUUGAGCUCAAGAGGAUCUAUCAUGGAAACGCAGGCUCGUAAAUACGUUGAACCAUUUUUGGCAAUUAAGAUAUUAUUAAUUUUACCCGAAAUAGGAUGGAAUGUUUUAGGAACAUUCUGGAUAUAUGGAUCAAAUAUCAAAUGUAGUUACGAACAUUAUACGAUGUCGGUUGUUCAAACAUUGGUGUUCUUCGAUUGGGUUCUUAUUGCUCUUACUAUUGGCGGUUUAGCAUUAAUUUUCGAUCCGAUAGGCUCAUUAAAUAAGAGAUAUUUAGAAAAUUCAAUGGAACAUGCCAAAAUCUCAAAGACUUGGUUACGAAGAUUGAAGUAUUGCUGGUGGAUGAAGAAAGAUGAGAAUGCAAAAGACAUUCUUCAACAUGCUGCUGGUGAGACAAAUCAAGUAUAUAUGUUGCUUAAUUAUAGAAGAAAACGUAUUCCAAUUAAGGGUGACAAUUGUUGUUAUUGUUACUUAACUGGAGUGAAAUAUUUAUCAAAAUUAUCCACUGAUGAUAUUCUAUUUGCGUCAUUUAAAAACAAUUUGUGUGAGAUACCAUUUUUUGUAAUAGCAGAUGAGAAAACGAAUAAAAUUGUUAUAAUUUUACGAGGCUCUCUCUCGUUGCGUGACGUGAUAACCGAUAUUACUGCAGAUUCUGUUAUUUUCGAAUGUGAAGGUGUUCCACCAGGUGCUCAGGCACAUAGAGGCAUGAUACAAGGAGCUAAACUGAUAUUGAGGGAGUUAGAUAAUCACAAAGUUCUAGAACGAGCAUUCAAUAUGUAUCCUCAUUAUGAUUUAUUGAUUACAGGUCACAGUUUAGGUGCCGGUGUAGCUACACUGUUAGGAUUUUUAUUACGUCAACGAUAUCCAUCUUUGAAAGUUUAUGCAUUUGCUACGCCAGCGGGCCUGGUUUCGAGAGAACUUGCCAGAAUAUCGGAAGAAUUCAUUUUUACAAUAGGAAUUGGAGAUGAUUUCGUGAUGAGAUUGAGCGUUGAUAGCAUAGAAAAUUUACGAACACGUUUACUUAUGGUACUUCGUGCUUGUCAUUUGCCAAAGUAUAGAAUAGUAUUAAAUGGACUAGGUUAUGUUUUAUUUGGUAUUCCUGAAAAAGAUCUUGAAAAAAUGUGGAAGCCCAAUAGUAUAAAAACUAUAUCAGGAAAAUCGCCUUUACUCAACGAUCGAAAUAUAAAUAGACUAGAGGAAAAUAGAAUAUAUGAACCUGAUUUUACGAAAAGGAGGUUUUCUCAAGUGAAAUUAUAUACGAGCGGUAAAAUACUCCAUAUAACUGAACGCAAUAUUGAUAAAUCAGACAUCAAAAAGGAAAAAUUAAAAAUAAAAGAAAAGACAUUCGAAAUGCGGUGGGCACAACCAGAAGAAUUUACAGAAUUGAUUGUAAUGCCGCGAAUGUUAUUGGAUCAUUUACCAGAAAAUUUAGGAAAAGUUCUUAAUAGAUUGGCAGAACAACAAAAAAAUCUAUCACAAAAUAUUGAUCUUUGAUCUUUAUGACAAAAUAUGUAUACAAUGAAAAGCAAAUCAUACUAUUGUAUAUUA